ACUUUACGAACUGAAAACAAGCCGAAAUAAAUACAUAAUGCAGAUUUUAAUAACACUUCUAUGAACUACAUGGACAUAUCGAUCAAGCAGUCGAAGCAAAACCUAUGACAGUCAGUGAAAGGACGUGAAUAAGGAAGAAAAAUAGAGGACUCACUUACCAUUUUGUGUUUCUUCGUUUAUUUUACCGCGGUAAAAGAAUACAACAAGUUAAUCCCAAAAAGUUAACUUCCAUGGAAAAUUGAGGGCGCUAUUUAAAGAUACAGCGGUCACAGUUUUCUAGAUUUUCGGAGGUCGCCUCGACUGGAAACCUGGGGGAUUUUGCCUUAUAAUUACAGAGUUGCUUUCUUUUGAUGUGUUUUUAGAUUGAAUCAAAGUAUCAGCCAGAAUGAGCAGACAUCUAAGAUUCAUUGCCCGGACGGUGUUUGUGAAGAACAGUGAUGUUGACGGCGCUUACAGGUCCUUGAACAAUUCACUUACAAGAGAAGGUAUCAUUGAGGAUGUCCGUAGGAAGCGGUACUACGAGAAACCGUUCCAGAUGAGGAGACGAAAGGAGUAUGAGAACAUGCAGCGUAUCUACAAUCAAGAGAUGGGACGACGGAUAUCGUUCCUCAUGAGAAAAAAUAGACCUGAUCCAUGGGUGGUGUAAUGCAGAAAGGAUCGACGCGUUAUCACCUGGCUUUGGGCCUGUGGGACUGUGUAUCAUGAAACGCAUGUCAACAGCUUUCAGAAACUUUGAAGCUGUGAGCUAUGGGACAUAACAUCGGAGAUGAUUGAGGAACAUGUACGUGAGGCGUGAAGUAUGGAACUCUUUGAGGGUAAAUGUCAGUGGAUCUCUGUACCUUCAUAAACAGACAUGACUACCCAGUGUCACCCAGUGGAUCUUGGGUGC